AUGACGUUUGAUCCUACAAAGAGAGAGCCACCUGUGUCAUCAUUAACAACUGUAGAAGAUAAUAGUGAUAUCAUUGAAGUGCAUACAUCUGAAGAAUCAGUUCCUCUGUUUCAAGGCGAAGAGUCACCAGAUGUCAGCAUACAAAAUGGUAGUGAAAGUGAUGCCAGUAUUCCUUCACAGGAGCAUCCAGAACCAAGUCCAUUUUUACGAUCCAUAUCAACGGAACCAGCCAUAUCUCAGAUGAACAGAGGGCGACAUAUAUCUGAUGAAAGUUCUGCUGUUUUAUCAUUUCUACAUGAUGAUGUAGAGAAACUCUAUACCACUGGUUUUGAUUUUGGUUCGUUAACCAGUGACAAGGUGGUUGUUGCAGAUCGUGAUCCACGAGAACGAAGAAUCAGUCUUCCACAUUUUAUAGAAAAAAAAAUCAACGAAGAUGAUUUCACAAUUCAUCGAAAAGUGUCCUAUCCACAUAUUCAUCAACCAUUACGUUCCCUGUCAUGUAGAUCCAUGAAAAACAUACCAGGUAGUAAUGUGAAGAAAAAAAAGAAAAAGAAAAAGAAGAAGGUACGUAGUUUCCCGUCCAAAGAUGCAGUACAGUCACCACCUAUACCUGAAGAAGGUGAAAAUAAUGGUGAUGAAGAGGAAGAAGAAGAAGAAGAAGAAGAAGAAGAGGAGGAG